UCCUAUAAAAGACAACUGAUAUAGCUCACCUCGAGACACACAAACUUCCCUAUUAACAACACUAAUUAUUCACAGCUCUCCUUUCUCUUACUUAUCAUUUAAUAUUAUAAAAACUUCCUCUGCAUUCUUUAUUUUCUACCAAAAAUUUACCAGAAAAAAUGAGGAACCAUAGCUUUGAAUGGCUGCUAAUCUUCUUCCUCAUUUUCAUUACCUUCGAUAAUUCCUAUGCAAAACAAUCAAAACCCAUCUCAGAAAUCCCCAGUUUUGACUACUUUCUGAACAAAACCAAGCGAUGGAUGAUUAGCCAAGCACAGCCACAUGAAACACAACUGAAUUUCUCAGUCCGUACAAUAGCUGCAGGAGUUCUAUGCUUCAUAGCCGCCUCUAUAUCUAGCGCCGGCGGAAUUGGCGGCGGGGGACUUUUCAUACCAAUAUUAACAAUUGUGGCGGGUUUGGACCUCAAAACAGCCUCGACCUUUUCGGCUUUCAUGGUGACAGGAGGUUCGAUUGCCAAUGUUUUCUGCAACAUGUUAUCGGCCUGUCCCAGAUACGGCGGCAAGACAUUGAUUGACUUCGACAUAGCGCUUUUGUCGCAGCCGUCUAUGUUACUUGGUGUCAGUGUCGGAGUUAUAUGCAACCUUGUUUUCCCCGAGUGGCUUAUUACUAUACUUUUUGCUAUUUUCCUUGCUUGGUCUACCUCCAAGACGUGUAGAAAUGGAGUGGUGUGUUGGAAAACGGAAUCAGAAGAGCUGAGGAGAAAUGGGUCUGGAAACGAUGAUGAUGAUGAAAGGAAGGGCAGCAAAAGUGUGGAAGAACCCCUUUUGGCAGCAGAAGAAAAUUGCAAAAUGAUGAGGUUUCCAUGGAUGAAAUUAGGGAUAUUAAUCUUAGUCUGGUCUUCUUUCUGUUUUCUCUACCUUCUUCGUGGAAACCGAGAUGGCCAGGGUAUUACUUCUAUAAAGCCUUGUGGACUGGGUUAUUGGAUGCUCUCAUUGUUUCAAAUUCCUCUAGCCCUGGCUUAUACUGCCUGGAUGAUAUGCAGAAAAGAUAGUCUUUCAUAUCAAACUUUUCACCAUAAGGACAUUGAAGACCUGACCCAAAGUAGACAACUAAACCAACUCACUUUCCCAGUAAUGGCGCUAUUAGCAGGGGUUUUAGGCGGUGUCUUCGGGAUUGGAGGUGGAAUGCUUAUAAGCCCACUUCUACUCCAGGUUGGAAUAACACCUGAGGUAACAGCAGCAACUUGUUCUUUCAUGGUUUUCUUCUCGUCAACCAUGUCGUCGUUUCAGUAUUUGUUGUUAGGCAUGAAGCACAUAGACAUCGCCUUUGUCUUUGCUACCAUAUGUUUUGUUGCAUCGCUUCUGGGAUUGGUUGUGGUGCACAGAGCAAUUCAACAGUACGGAAGAGCUUCUCUUAUUGUAUUCUCAGUUAGCAUUGUGAUGGCUUUGAGUACUGUUUUGAUGACAAGCUAUGGGGCUCUUGAUGUUUGGAGAAACUACAUAUCCGGAAAAUACAUGGGGUUCAAACUGCCUUGUUAAGAGGUUCAGAACAGUUUUGUAAUUAGGCUCCUUGCUAGGUUUGUAGAUUGUGUUGUUAGCUAUAAGAGAUGUAGAGACUAAUAAAACAACUAGUUUUGUAUAAUGAGAAACUAGUUUAAAAAAAAUAAAAUCAAAUAAAAUAAAAAAUCAAAUUGCAUC